CCGUCUCCCUAAAAUUUGUUCUUAAUUUACCAAAAUGGUUAACUGUUGAUAAGGGAAAAGGAACAUCAUUAUCAUAAUAUUACAGGUAAACAACAUGGAGGGAAAAAGAAGGGAGAACAAAAUAAAAUCUGUGUUUGGCUUGGUAUCGCAGGACUGAUAAUUAACAAGUUUCUGAAAUCUACCUAGCAUCAACGAGGAAAAUCUACAUCUUAUCUUGGUGUCUGCUGUUUUUUUUUAGCUUCCCCAGAUACCCGGACCUAGGACCAAAUCAUUUUGCCCGACAGGAACGACUCGUAAACUUUGAAGGGGAUCUAAGAAGGUGGAUCGACGUGGCCCUGAAAUGCCAAAAUGGUGCCAAAGAAAAAGUCAAGCUCCUUCUGUUGACCCACAACUCUGCAACCCAAGAAAAUUAGGAGCCAGCUCCCAACGGUCAUGUAGCUCUUUUAACUGCCCGAACUUAAGACACACACCCCUCCUUCCCCUCCAAUCCUUCGAUCCGCACCAAUCCUCCCUCCCUGUUUGGCGGGACAAAAAUCCCCAAAUAUAGAGCAUUCAGCUAACCGCUAAUCCCCUACCUUUCUCAUCUCUCUUUAUAUUUCUUCUCCCUCUCUUCCCCCUUUUCCCUACUUUACGACUCCGCAGCACCGUAACCAUGGCUUCCAAAUUCCGCACCGUCUUCUUCCUCCUCCCCUUCCUCCUCUUUCCCGCUGCCACGGCCUUUAACAUAACCUCUAUCCUCGGCCAGUUCUCCGACUUCUCCAACUUAAACAACCUCCUCACCCAGACCCAGCUCGCCUCAGAGAUCAACAGCCGCCAAAUCAUCACCGUCCUCUCUGUCAACAAUGCCGCCCUCUCCUCCGUCUCCAACCUACCUACGGACGUCCUUGAGAAGGUCCUUUCAUUCCAUGUCGUUCUCGACUACUUCGAUCGCGACAACAUCACAAAGCUCUCCAACAGGAGCGCCAUCCUCACCACCCUCCUCCAGGCCAGCGGGCUCGCCACCGGCCAGAAUGGGUUCCUUAACGUGACCGACAUGGGCAAUGGCCAGAUCGCACUAGGCUCCGCCGCACCCGGCUCCAACCUCACCUCUCAGUUUGUCAAAGUUUUAGUCACGCAUCCGUACAACAUCUCGGUGCUCCACAUCAGCAGCGUCAUCGUCCCUCCUGGCCUCGGGAUUUCCAACGGCAAUGGGUCCUCGUCGCCAUCCCCCGCACCAUCCUCGCCAUUCCCUGCACCUAGAAUGACUCCUGGGCCGUCUAUGGGCGCGCCAAGGAUGGCACCCAUGCCGGCGUUUGCACCACCAAGGUCGACUCCCCCCGCGCCGUCGCCAUCAUACAGGUCGCCGUCCCCAUCGGACGCUGCGUCGCCGCUGCCAGUGGUCGUGCGUCCUCCGGCGCCUCGGGUGGCUCCUCCUAUGACCGGCGGUGGAUCACCAUUGGGAUCGCCGACGGGCUCUCCUUCUGGUGGUGUCGCGGAUGUCCCUAGCCCAACGGCUCCCGGUGACGACGCUUCGGGUGCUCGGCAUGUUGUUGGAGCUGGCCUUGUAGUUGCCCUGGGGGUUGCCUUCUUGGUGCUCUCUGAGUGCAAUUAGAGAAGCUUUCGGGAAGGGGUGAUGCAUGUAGUUGGAUCAUUUGUUUGGGGAGUAGUUCUUUGGCGCUUGCCAGUCUCCAAGCGCCAGUUUAGUUUCAGCAGCCAGUUUUUGUUUCAUGUUUAUCUAAAGUAGGAGGAGAGGUGCAUUCUUCAUUUUUCUUUUUCUUUUUCUUUUGUCCCUUUUUCUAUGGCUGCCUCUCAUUUAAAUUGAUCUGAUCAGAUAUUGUUUACAAUUUUGUUUGACUCCUGCUAGUCACCAAUACGGCAGAUGUGAAGAGA